AUGACGUUAUCCCUGGCACUUUCGUGUAUUCGCCGGCGAGACCCUCUGGUCUCGUGUCUUUCGUCUGCCUCUCGCUUCCUUCCCCAAUUGACCAGAACGCUGUCUCCUGCAAGCGCCGCCGCCGCGCCACCUCGCCGCCACCCUCCGGCCACCCCAGCAUCUCCGUCCCCGCCCCAUCUCCAGCCCCGCGUUGGCGCCUCACCAGCACGUGACCACGUUCCAAUUCCGGCCAGAUAUGCCACGCCACCGCCCGAUCUGCAACGCCGGCAGCCUCAACGCUUGCAGAAACCGGUCGAAGGAUUGAACCAGGCUACUCGCAACCGGCGACUUGCCAGAGUCACGAUGACAGCCGAAUCUGAAGAUGAGCUGAGACAAUAUGUUCAUGAGGAUGAGCUGAAUAUACAUGUGCCGCAUUUUCUCUAUUUGGUCUAUAUGGUCGUGACCGAAGACCGGACCGAAAAGACCGAAGACCGAAUACAGAAAGACCGAAAAGACCGAAGGUAUUUUGGGUAGUAUUUCUGGAUGACCGAAA